CCGCCGCCGCCUCCAGCGGCGAUUUAAAGGGCAGCGAGGAGCGGAGGGAUCCCGGCGAGGCGCCGCGCAGAUCCCUCCGCCGCGAGCGCAGCGCGACGGCAACGGCCCGGGCGGCCCGGCAGGCGAGCUGCGCUUUUUUGUCCAUCCGCUGCCGGGAGCUCCCGGCGGGAACUCGUUUCUUUCUCGGGUUUCUCCGCCUCCCCCCACCCGAGUCCCGUACGAGACACCGAGGCGGCCGCGGCGGCGCGAGCUCGCGUGGUGUCCCUCCGCCGCCGGCCGCGCACUCCUUUUCGUGUCCUUCCACCGUGCCCGGGCUGCGUCCGGGCGGCUCACCGGGGGCGGCGGCGCGUCUGCGGCGCGGGCGGCGAGGCUCCGGGGCGAUGAGGUGAGGCUACCCGGGCACCGGAGGCGGCAGCGCGCGGCGCCAGCGACCCGGGACGCGGAGCCCCGCGGGCGGCGGCUGCCUCUGGGCCCACCGCGACCGCGCGAAGACCGAGGAGAGAACGUUGGCAUUAUUCUCUGAGCUCUUUGAAGAGAGAGACUAAAUGCACCUGGGCCAGGCGGUCUGUGGGUAUGAAGUGGUUGGGAGAAUCCAGGAACAUGGUGGUGAAUGGCAGGCGGAGUGGAGGCGAGUUGUCUGAUGGCCACCAGCAGAGCCGGUCAAAGGCGCAGCACGCGGGGAAGGACUCCGUGAAGGCGGGCAAAGCCGCGGUCGAGAGGCGCUCGAGCAGAUGUAAUGGUAAUUCGGGAUUUGAAGGGCAGAGUCGCUAUGUACCAUCCUCUGGAAUGUCCGCCAAGGAGCUCUGUGAAAAUGAUGACCUAGCAACCAGCUUGGUUCUUGAUCCCUAUUUAGGUUUUCAGACGCACAAAAUGAAUACGAGCACCUUUCCCUUGAGGAGCUCCAGGCAUUUCUCGAAGUCGGACGGUUUUCCUCAUGCCCACCCCGUGAGAUUUCGGCCGAUUAAAGGAAGGCAAGAAGAGCUCAAGGAAGUGAUUGAGCGUUUUAAGAAGGACGAGCACUUAGAGAAAGCUUUCAAAUGUUUAACUUCAGGCGAGUGGGCGCGGCACUAUUUUCUCAACAAGAACAAAAUGCAGGAGAAAUUAUUCAAGGAACACGUAUUUAUUUACUUGCGAAUGUUUGCAACUGACAGUGGGUUUGAAAUCCUGCCUUGUAACAGAUACUCGUCAGAACAAAAUGGAGCCAAAAUAGUCGCGACAAAAGAGUGGAAACGAAAUGACAAAAUAGAAUUACUGGUGGGUUGUAUUGCCGAGCUUUCAGAAAUCGAGGAGAACAUGCUUCUUAGACAUGGAGAAAACGACUUCAGUGUCAUGUACUCCACAAGGAAAAACUGUGCCCAGCUCUGGCUGGGGCCGGCCGCCUUCAUCAACCACGAUUGCAGACCUAACUGUAAGUUUGUCUCGACCGGCCGCGACACGGCGUGUGUGAAGGCUCUCCGAGAUAUCGAACCUGGAGAAGAAAUUUCUUGUUAUUAUGGAGAUGGGUUUUUUGGAGAAAAUAACGAGUUCUGCGAAUGCUACACGUGUGAAAGGCGGGGAACUGGUGCUUUCAAAUCCAGAGUGGGACUGCCCGCGCCUGCUCCUGUUAUCAAUAGCAAAUACGGACUCAGAGAAACAGAUAAGCGCUUAAAUAGGCUCAAAAAGUUAGGUGACAGCAGCAAAAACUCCGACAGUCAGUCUGUCAGCUCUAACACUGACGCAGACACCACUCAGGAAACAAACAACACAAGUUCUAACCGGAAAUCUUCAGUGGGUGUGAAAAGGAGCGGCAAGAGCAGGACCCUUGCGAGGCCGCCCAUGUCGAGGCUCCCGGCUCCCGCCCACUCUACCUCAUCGAAGCCAGCUCAUGUAAAUAAUUCCAGGGUACCAAAGAAACUGAAAAAGCCGGCAAAGCCUUUACUCGCCAAGAUCAAACUAAGAAAUCAUUGCAAGCGUCUGGAGCCACGGAAUGCUUCGAGAAAACUCGAAAUGGGGAACUUAGUACUCAAAGAGCCGAAGGUCGUCUUGUAUAAAAAUCUCCCCCUCAAGAAGGACAAGGAGCCCGAGGGCCCGGCCCACGCCGCGGCCCCGAGUGGGUGCUUGACGCGGCACGCGGCGAGGGAGCACAGGCAGAACUCGGGGCGGGGCGCUCCACCGCCCGCCGAGGGCUCGCCCUGUGCUUACGUAACCCGGAGGUCCCUGCGGACAAGGGUGCACCCAAAGGAGCCCUCCACCACCCUGCUGGAAACCCCCACGGCCGAGGGCGACAGGAGCGACGGGGCAGAGGCUGGCCCAGACGUGGUGGUGCAGCCCACCGGCCCGGCCCAGGACGAGCAGCCUCAGGAGCCGGCACCCGCGGGGGACACCGAGUGUGCCAAGAGCGACGGCAGCGCCAAGAAGAAGUCGCGGCCGGGAAAGCUGGCCCUGCCGCCGCCGGCAAAGGCAGAGGAACCGGCCGCGGUACAGGACUCCCCCGGGAAAGCCGGUGGCGCCCCAGACCCGGUGGGCUCCCCCGCCGAGCAGGGCGAGCACCCCAGCCCCGAGGGCGCACCCGGGAGCUACCCGGACUGGGCGCUCUCGCCCGUGGGCGGCUCGGUGGUGCCCUCGGACGGCUUCCAAACCAAGGACAGCUGCAGAACUGCGAAAACUAAGAAGAAGCGGCGCAUCACCCGGUACGACGCGCAGCUGAUCCUGGAGAACAGCUCGGGCAUCCCCAAGCUGACCCUGCGCCGGCGCCACGACAGCAGCAGCAAGGCCAGCGACCCCGAGAGCGACGGCGUGAACGCGUCCAAGAUCAGCAUCAAGCUGAGCAAGGACCACGAGCGCGACAGCAACCUGUACGUGGCCAAGCUCAACAACGGCUUCGGCGCGGGCGCGGCCAGCAGCGCCACGAAGCUCAAGAUCCAGCUGAAGCGGGACGAGGAGGGCCGGGCCGCCUACGCCGACGGCCUGCGCGACGGCGGCCUGUGCUGCAGCGACCCGCUGUCGCUGCUGGAGUCGCGCAUGGAGGUGGACAAGUACAGCCCGUACGAGGAGGAGGGCAGCAGCGCCUCCUCCUCCGAGGGCGACGACGACGACGACGAGGACGACGACGACGACGACUUCGAGGACGACUUCAUCCCGCUGCCGCCGGCCAAGCGGCUGCGGCUCAUCGUGGGGAAGGACUCCAUCGACAUCGACAUCUCCUCCAGGAGGAGGGAGGACCAGUCCCUGCGGCUGAACGCCUGAGCCGCCUCCCGCCCGCGCCCCCCCAGAGUGUCCCGCCCCGCGUCCCCCGCUGCCCGCGCGCGCGCCCCCCGGCCUCUCGGAGUCGCCUUUUCUGCGCGGUCGCGAGAGGGGGAGGCCUGCCGUGCGGCCGGGGCGCCCACAGCCUGUACAGUGACCGAGACUCCACCCGGGAUUCGGAGACGAUAAUGUGGCUACACGAUACUUUUGUGGUUUUUUUUUUUUUAAACUUCAAGAGCGUCGGCUGGCUCUUUAAUACGACUAAACAAUAAUUGGAAACCAAUCAUAGUAGCAGCAUAUUAACGUUUUCUAGGAUAUGCUAAUAUCACCAGCAAUGAUCUUUGGCUUUUUGAUUUCUUUGCUAGAUGUUUCCCCCCCCCCUUGGAGUUUUGUCGGUUUCAGUUUGCCGGCCCAGUGUGCCCUCGGCGGCCCUGCCGGGGAGGGCGGGCCGUUGGCGGCGGGCAGGUUGGCUUCCUUACUAACAGAAGUCUCAGUCCGUGCGUGACCGCUGACUUUCCAGUACGUUCUAUGUACGAGGGUCGCCAUGUGCAGGAUGAGUUAAUACACCGCGUAUUUAUUGCUUGUCAUGUAAAUUAAAGACCUUGUAUUUAACACUUUUCAAUCCUUUUAGAUAAAAAAAAAAUUGUUCUUUGCAAGAAUGAUUGGUGCUUAUUUUUUCAAAAAUUUGCUGUGAAUAAUGUGAUGACAACAAGCGACAUUUAUCUAAUGGACUACAGCUCUCUUCAUUUGGGUCUCCAAGUCUUCUGUUGCACUUGUAAAAUGCUACAAGGAAUAUUAAAAAGAAACUAUUCACUUUAACUUAUAAUAGUUUAUGAAAUAAAAACAUGAGUCACAGCUUUUGUUCUGUGGUAACCUAUAAAAUGUUUGUCUUUGGAAUUCAGUGUAAAGAACUGAGACGAUGUAUAUGUUGUAAAUAUUUGUGUGUUGUGAGAAAUUUUUGUCCUAAGAAAUUAAAAGAACUUACCAGGAAGGUUUUUAAGUUCAGAAAUAUUCAUGCCAAUAAAAUAGGAAUUAUAAAUAUAUAGUUUUAAGCACUGCAUCAGUGGACGUUCUUGGUUUAUGUUUAUGUAUGAAAAUAUCAAAGAUUUUUUGACUAUAUUAUCAGUUAAACGAAAAGAGGAGUCAGAUUUAAUUUGUUUUUGAAGCACUUUGAGAAGAGAAAUUAAUUUUAAGUAACUUAAUGAGCAAAUUUUUUUGAUUACUACUUUAUGUCCAAUACCAACCUCUCGUUUCUCUGCAUUAUUUUGCAAAUCAUUGGACAAGCAAUUUGGGGAUAUAAAUCUGUAACGGGUGUUUGACGCCAGUGGGUCUCUUUAUUUCUGGGAAAUGUGUACAUGUGCUUUCAGCUAGACCGUGUUCCUGAGUAAACCAAGUUAGGGGGUUCAUGUAGUGUCUCUAGGAAGGUGUAGCCCCUGUCUUCAAAUAUUAAAGAAUCUUCAGGUCAUGAAAAAAAGUCCAGUGCAGAAAACCUCAAUGCUUCCACUUAGUACUAACGGAUUCUUAACCGUGUCCAGGUUUGGGGACAGCGUUUAAAUUAAGUUCCUUAAAGCGAUUGUUCGUCGUAGUUUCCAGGUAGAAAUUAGUAUUAGUCAUGGAAGGUUUUUACAUUUAGAAUUGUUUUCGCCUUUUUUCUUCAAGGAAUUCUUUCUGUAGCCCUCCGAGGCCUCAUUCCUGUUUGCUCCGGGCAGUUCAAUCCCUCAGGUAGUAGUUUGGGGGCCUGAGGCAGGCUUUCCCCCCUCACUCCCCCCCACGCCCCCUCCUCCGGCCCUCGGCCCCUGCCCCUCCUGCUGCUGUGGCUUUGCGUACAAGUGUGAGACUUGGCGCCACUCAGGAAGGUCCCGCUUCGGCCCUGGUGUCUGGCAAGGCCCAGCGGAGCCCUCGCAGGUCACCUCUCCCCCCAACCCCAAGUUUGGGGUGCCCGGAAGAGGUUCCAAGACGAAGUGUGUUGGCGGACCUACCAUCCAUCCACAUCUGUUAGCAUGUUCGGUUUGAAGGGGAAAGUAGCAGAAGAUCCGCUUCCCGCUCGCCCCCGUUCUCAGCUUCAUCUUAGUAACUUAUUUAUGGCCUUUGUUUUAACUCUGGGGGGGUCUCGAGUGGAGGCCCGCCCCGGUGGGUCCAGGCAGGAGAGUUAGGUGCUGCCCUGCCUGGGGUCUGUGCACAAGCGCCCGGCAGCCGCCGGCGCCUCCAGGGAACCUCAUUUCCGUUGUCCAGUUGGGGGGCCCAGGAGGGUGCGGCCCCGCUGCAGACUGUCACGCCGCCGGGCUCGGAGGAGGUCGCAGUCCGUAAGACGUAGCUUGAACUUAUGCAAUGAUUGGUGAAGAGUUUGGCGUUGUCAUAAUUAGGAAAUGAUCGUAGAACUCUAUGUAAAAAUACUCAAUUUUCAAAUCAUUUUUCAAAUUGCUGUUUUAAAUUGUUUUGCUGAGUUGUAAUACUUUUGAGAUACAAUGUAUUCCUUGUACUGAAAGAAUGAAAAAAAAAAGGAUUUUUUCAGCAUUUGAGGUAAGUUCUUUAACGUUUCAUUAAAAACAUUUUUUACAAAUAUUUUGUACAUGCACUUGCAGUAUUGAGGUUAAUCAUUUUAAUAAAUUCGGAAAUUAAAACUA